UUUUUUUCUAUUUUAUAGGAAAAAACCAAGCUCCUCCUGGAAUCUCUAAGGAAGAAGAAGGAAGAGUUUAAGGACCAGCAAUAUGUUCAAGAACUAAGAAGGAAAGACGGUCAGACACAGUUAGACCUUGAGAAGAUGAAGAUCAAAUCUCUCUUUGAGGGAAUGCAGAGAUUUCUUGAAGAGAAACAGCAUUUCUGCUUAACUCAGCUGGAAGACCUGGAGAAAGAGAUGGAGAAAAGACAAGACAAGACCCUUGCCAAACUCGCUGAAGAGAUUUCCCAACUCAGUUUGCUGAUCACAGAGAUGGAAGAGAAGUGUCUGCAGCCAGCCAGCAACUUCCUGCAGGACAUAAAAAAUUCCUUGAUCAGAUGUGAGAAGAAUUUAGGAGGAUAUGUGCCAGAUGUUUCUCCAGAUUUGACCGAGAGACUCAAAGUUACCUCUCAGGAGAUCUCUGCUUUACAAAAGGCCACAGAGUCCUACAAAGAAAAUCUGGAGGAAACUCUGAUCAAGGCUGUUUGGGAGCAAACCAUCAACACAGAUUUGCUCAGCAAAGCCCCAAACAGAGUGAAUGUGACUCUGGACCCAGAGACAGCAUGUUCCAGGCUUAUUCUGUCUGAGGACCUGAAGAAUGUGAGAAUGUUAGGAUGUGUGGAUAUGUUUUGCCAGGAGGCCUUUGUGUUGGGCCGUGAGAGAUUCACUUCCGGAAGACAUUGUUGGCAAGUAGAAGUUUCCUCAGAACAGUGGGCUGUUGGGAUCGCAAGAGAUUCUGUCAGAAAGAAGGAAAAUAUUAACCCAGACACAGACGACUCAAUCUGGGCUGUAGGGGUAAAACUAAAUAACAACUAUGAUUCUGAAGUUUGCAUUUUCCCUGAAGUAGACUCUUUUUAUUUAAUAAGGAAUAUCCGUAAGUUACGUGUGGUCCUGAAUUAUGAAGCGGGUCAGGUGGAAUUUUUUGAUGACAGUGUUAAUGAUUUAAUCUAUGCUUUUACUUCAAUAUCAUUCUCUGGUGAAGAAAUCCGACCCUUUUUCUACAUACCCGAGAAUGGAAGCUUGAUGUGCUAAUUGUUGGGGAGAACCAGCCUUCAUCCACAGUCCCAUCAAAGGACUCUCCAAGGCUUUCUCUGGAGCACCUUGGGGCCCAAACCAAAAGCAGGGGGAAGAGCUUCCAUUUCUUGAUCUUGAGGACUAGAAUCUUUUCUCUGCAAAAAAUGCAAAGAAGAAGAGGUUAAGAGACCCUUUUGGUUACAGGUUCUUUUCUUCUGCUUCUUUAAAUUCUUGCCUCAUUAUGUUUUUAAAGACACAGGGCCCUCCACUAGGUUUGAAAAAAAGGAACCAAAAGAGGAAUAAAUAUAACUGCUCUUUUGCAAUAAAGAGAAUGAUGUGUGUAUACUUAUACUUGUAACAGUUGCACUGUUUUAAUAUAAUUGCAAACAAGAUAUUAACGUUUGGUUUUGCAAGUUGAAUAGUAUUGUUAAAAUGCUCCUGAAAACUAAUUCAAUAUACUGUAUAAUUACUAAUAAAAGUUCAUAAACAUGUCACACCA